AUGAUCGACGUCAGCAAGAGGAUUACCUUUCAUAUUUUCUCCCACCACGUCUCUCGCCAUUCCCUACAAUUUUCCGCUCCUCUUUACUCAGUGGAUAAAACCGACGUUAUCUCCUUGGGAGGGCAUUCCAGUGUCUUUUGGCAGACACUGGAAUGCCCUUCUCACCUCUUUAGAUCGCUUUACCUGUUUUGUAUACAUUUGUUGGGCUUUUCUUUACCUUCUUAUCUUACCGUGGCUUUUGUAACCUUUUUCUCUUUACUUUCUCUUUCUUUCUUUCUUUCUUUCUUUCUUUCUUUCUUUCUUUCUUUCUUUCGUUCUUUCACGCUUUCUUUUUUCUUUGUAUUCCACACUCUUCUCUAUUCCCGUUCUUUCUAUUUCCUUUUUUCUUUCUUUAUUUUCUUCUCUGUUUUCACCCUCUCUGUUUUACCGCAGCGAAUUUCCAUUUUUAUCAAACAUUUUGACGUUCUUUCAUUUUCUUUCUUAUAUACUCUUCAUUUUCUUUCCAUUCUCUUUUCCUUUUUUUUCUUUUUUCUCUUUUCUCCUCUAUUUCUUUUUUCUCUUAACAUGUCGCUCGAAGUUUUCUUUCUAUUUCCUUUUCCUUCUCUUUCCCUCUUUUUUCUUUCUCUUCUCUUUUUAUUUCUUUUUUCUUUUAUACUCUCCGUUUUCUUUCUAUAUUCUUUUUCUUCUUUUUCCUUUGUUCUCUUCUCUUUUCCAUUCCAUUUUUCUUUUAUUCUCUCGGUUUUCUUUCUAUUAUCUUUUAUUUCUCUUUCCCUCUUUUUUCUUUUUGUUCUCUUUUCCAUUCCAUUUUUUUCUUUUACCCUCUCAGUUUUCUUUCUAUAUACUUUUCCUUCGCUUUCCCUAUUUUUUCUUCAUUCUCUUUUCUAUUCCUUUUUUCUUUUAAUCUCUCGGUUUUCUUUCUAUUUUCUUUUCCUUCACUUUCCCUUUUUCUCUUCUCCUUCUCAUUUAUUUUUUUCAUUUAAGUUCGAAGUUUUCUUUCUAUUUUCUUUUCUUUCUCUUUUUCCUUUUUUUCAUUUUUUCUUUCUAUUAUCAUUUCCUUUUCUUUCUUUUUUUUCUUUCUCUUCUAUUUUCCAUUCUUUCUUUUUUUCUUUUAUCCUCUUGGUGUAUCUAUUUUCUUUUCCUUCUCUUUUCCUUUUUUUCUCUUCUCUUUUCCAUUUCUUUUCUUCCUUUAAUUUCGAAGUUUUUCCCUCUUUUUUCCUUUCUUUCUUUCUUCUCCUAUGUUUCCUUUUACCUUUUUUUAUUCACUCGGAAUUCUUUCUUUUGUUUAUCUUUUCCUUUUUUCUUCUCUCUUUUCUUUUUCAUAUCUUUUUUUAUACUCAUUUUCGAUCUUUCUCUAUUUACUUUAGCUUCUCUUUCCUCUUUUUUUCUUUCUCGAAUCAUUUUUUUUUUUUUUCAUUUUAUGGGUUAAUUUUAUCUUACCCUUUCCUUCAUUUUUCUUUUCAUUUCUCUUUUCCUUCCUUACCUCACAUUCAUUUUUCUUAUAAUUUCUUUUAUUCUUUUUAUCACCUUUCUCUUCUGUCUUUCUUUUUUCUAUCCAUACUUUUCAAAAACUUUUCCUUCCAUUUUCCACGGUACUACGUAUCAUUAUUUUCAUCGUCCUUUAUUUUUUCUCAUCUAUCUUAUUUCUUUUCUUUAGUUUCGAUCUUAUUUUCAUUUCCUUCACUUUUUCUUAUUUUUUUCUACUUGUUACUUUGUCUUUCUUUUUUUUUUUUUUGUUACGUUUUAUCUUUUUUCUUUAUUUCCUUUCUUUCUUUCGUUUUUUACAUUGUCCCAUUCUCAAUAAAUGCUGUCUUUCUUGCGUUCAUUCGUCACUUUUUGUUCACAUUUAUUUUUCAUCCUCAAAUUCUAUUUUUGAAAUUUUUCCGAACGACCAGAGACUUUUUCUUUCGAAAAGCCACAAAUAGCGCGGAGACGUACACUGCGAACAGGCUCUGCCCGCCGUCCGCGGCUCAACUCCGCCUGGUCCGCGGCUGA